CACCGUCGCCGCUGCCGGAUUCCGGUCCCUCCUUCGUUGUCGCCGUAAACAUUAAGGUUAUGAAGCAUAAAGAUCAAAUCUAACAUUCAUCCAUCCAAAGAUCAAUCUUCCUAACUCAAAACCAUAACAAUUUUCCUGCUCUUCAAAAUGCUCGGUCGCCUGCUUCCUAAACCUUCUCAUUUCCGUCUCCUAACUCUGAUUUCUUCGACAACCCAAGCUUUUCCCCGUUCUACUCAAAGUCCUCACUUCCCUUCCCUCUUGAGAUACCUUUCAUCCAAUCACAACAACAAUAAUGGCAAAGAUCCAUCAUUUCCCAAUAUCUGGAAGCUUUCCCAGGAAGGUGAGGAAAAGUUUGAUUCACUCUUCUCAGAAGAUUCUGCCAACCUUUCUGGGAUCACUGAAACGGACUCUUCCACCAGCAGGGAAGACUCGUGGGUGAAUGACACGGUAGGUGAUGAAGGCAAUGUGUUUGAUGGAAUUGAGUCUACCGUCAAGGAAGAAUCAUGGGUGAACGCCAGAGGUGGGGAUGAAGGUGAUGUGUUUAAGGGAAUUGAGGAGGGUGGAGAGAAGAGUGGUGAAAGGGAUUUGUUGACUGCAGAGGGGGACAAGCCAUGGAGCCUUGGGGAAGAGGAGAAGGAUAUCUUCAAUUUCGGAGAGGUUGAAAAAGAUGUUGGUAUAGCUAAGGCUGAGAUUACUGAUGAGGAGAGUGAGGCUGAGAAGCAGAUGAAACUUGAGAAAGAGGAGAAACAGCUCACUGCUACAGUCAAGGGUCCAAAUCGUGCAUUUGGUGACCUUAUUACAGCAUCUGGUAUAACGGAUGCAAUGCUGGACAGUUUGAUUGCAUUGAGAGACUUAGAGGGGGUUGAUGGCUUGCCCCCUCUCCGUGAAAUAGAAGACAUGCGCUAUGAAAAGAAUACAAGAAAAUCCACAAGGGCUGAAAUAGAACUCCUGAAACAGGAAGAAGCUGCCAAAGCAAGAGUGAGGCAAGUAGAUGAUAAAGGAAGAGCUUAUGGAACAGGAAAAAGAAAAUGUAGUAUAGCCCGUGUCUGGAUUCAACCUGGGGAUGGGAAAUUCAUCAUUAAUGACAAGCAAUUUGAUGUCUAUUUCCCAAUGCUUGAUCACCGUGCUGCUCUUCUUCGGCCCUUCUCAGAGACCAAAACCCUUGGCCUUUGGGACAUCCAUUGUACUGUUAAAGGAGGUGGAGUGUCAGGUCAAGUUGGAGCAAUUCAAUUAGGCAUCAGCAGGGCAUUGCAAAACUGGGAACCUGACUUGCGUUCUCCUCUCAGAGCUGGUGGUUUCUUGACAAGGGAUCCCCGUGUGGUGGAACGGAAAAAACCAGGAAAGGCAAAAGCAAGAAAGAGCUUCCAAUGGGUGAAGCGUUGAUCUAUUGGUGUAGAACUUCAUUUUUGCACUAUCAAUUUCUUAUGUUUUUUUUUUUUUUAACUCACUGCGAUAAUUUAUGUACUUUGCUUUCAUAUGCACUAGUAUACAUGCAAACUUAGAGCAUAAGCAGGGGUGGAAGCCAGAAUGACAGGUAAUGUUGGUUAGGAAAAUGAUCAAUUUGAGUAUGAAGUGAUAGAUUUCUCUAUUUUUUGUUGUCUCAUUGUAUUUUCUCUCUUAAUCCCAAUCACUAGUUUAGUUAGUGCUCGAAAUAACUAAUUAUUGUGAAU